AUGUCCCAAAAUACCAUCAAUUUGAUCCUUCUCAAGGAUGAAUUCACCUUGUAUCAGUUCCCUAAGAGCACCAAAGUACCAGCCUCUGUACUGGAACAAGAUUGGUUCACCGUCUCAAAGACCACCGAUGAAUUGUCCAUCAUUCUCCCUUCACAAGUACCUCUUGAAGGCGCUACAAAGAAAGAUGAUCAGUGGAGAUGCUUCAAGGUUGAUGCGCAAAUGGAAUUCGAACUUGUCGGCAUUUUGGUCCGCAUCGUCACUCCUCUCAAAGACAACAAAAUCUCCGUUUUCGCCGUUAGCACUUAUGACACUGACUAUGUUCUUGUCAAGAGCGACCACGUCGAAAAGGCAUUCAAAAUUCUCGGCGAGGAACCCAACAUGGCUGUUCGCCAGGGUGAAUCGGUUCUCCAGUAA